AUGCGCGUCAUGUGCAACUUUUCUAUUGCUGAGACUUCUGCGUCCCUCCCUUCAGUGUCGUCGCCACCUCUAAUUUGCACCGCCUCUGUCGCCGGCUUCCCCUCUACCUCCGAUAACUUCUCCAUUCAUGCUUUCGCGUCCUCCAGCUUCUGCAGGUGUAACUUGGAACACAUUCCUUCACUUUCGAUCAUGUCUAUGGAAGCUCUGGUUCCCCAUCAUCCUCCAUGUUUGAAGAUUGUGUUUCUCCUCUUGUUGAGGACCUGUUCAGGGAAGACAUACACCAUGGGAACUAGAUUCAAAGAUUGUUACCAAACCGGAGUUAUUCCUCAAUCCAUGGCUGGUUUAUUCAACAAAAUCGAAAGUUUACAGGAUCAAAUAGAGUUCCAGUUGCAUGUUUCCUUCAUCGAGGUGAAUAGGGAUCAAGUGUCUAGUGACAUGUUAAAAAUGCGUCAACAAUUGGAAUGCUUGCAAGCAGAACUUUGUGCUCGUGGUGUAGGUUCUACUGUUGAAUUAUAA